AUGAAUUUUCUUUAAAAGUCAUUGGGAAUAGUUUUAAGAGGCUGUGGCAAGCAAUUGAAAUAAUAGAAUUAAAAGAGUUUAUAUAAUAAAUUAAGAUUUGGCAUUUUCAACAUAAGUAAAUAAAAAGAUGAAAGCAAGAAAAGUAAAGAGAGAUCUGAAAUACUUAAGGAGCAAUUAAAAUUAUACAAAGAAGAAAAGAAAUUUAUGAUACGCAAGCCAUUUACAAAAGAUUUUUAUAUCACACCUGAAGAGAGCUAAAAGUAGAUAAAGGAAGCAAACGAAAUGCUUGAUAAAUAUCUAAAGGAAUACAAGUUUGAGCAGCCAUUUAUAGAAGAAAAUUUUAUUCAAUUGUUAUCUAAAAUAUCUUAAACAGUUAACAACAAGAACAUUCUAGAAAGAAAGGAUUUCCAAGAUUUACUGUUGGAGAGAGCAGAAAAGUCCUAUUUAUUCAAAGAUUUCAGACAAUUUUGCUUAUUUUUUGCAUUUUGCUCUGUCUAAUAAAUCGAUCACCCUUCUCUUUGGGAGUGCUUCAAUGGUUUUGUUGCAAGCAAUUAUGUUAAUUUUUCUACCAAUGAUAAAGUGUUAUUAUUAUCCAGUGUUAAUUAUAUCAAUGCUCAUGAAAUGGAGUGCUUCUUUGAAAUUUUUGAAAAUGAGCUUUUAAAAGAUGUCCAAGUCCAUUAGAUUCCUAACUUUGAAAAAAUGUAUGCUUUACUUUAGCUCUACAGAAAUGCAAAUUAAGGAAGUAACGAUUUUUAUGAAACAAUUGAGACUUUAAUUGGUGAUAACAUAGAUGAAAUUAGUAUUGAGGCUUUAACAAAGCUGAUUACACACUAUUCUAAUAAUUAAAAUGAAAAACAUGAUAGCAGAUUAAAAAUGAUGAAUAUUUUUGAGAAGAGAAUUUUAAAAAUUUGCAGAUUUAUUAAUCCUUAAGAAUUAAUUGCAAUCUUUUACAGCUAUAUUAAGAUAGGUAUGGGAUCAGAUUUACUCUUUAGAAGUCUUGAGGAGAGAAUAUUUUUGCUAAUUGAAGAUUUCAACAUCCAACAAAUCAAUAAAAUAUUAAUCAUUGCUUCUAAUAGAAGUGAAUCUAAAAAGACUGUUUUCGCUGCAGUUGAAGCUUUUGUGCUUAAAAAUUUAGAAAAACUAAACGAAUAAACACUUCCUUUAAUAUUUUUUAACUAUUGCGAAAACUCAAUUGGUUCAGAUAAAUUUUACACAGUGGUAGAAAACAAACUUGUUUCUAUGUCUCACAACAUGUCUCCUGAAUUAUUAGCUAAAUGCACCUGGGGAUUCACAGUUGCAGAAACAAACAAAGGAGAUUUAUUUUAUAAAAAAGCAGAAGAAGCUUCUUUGAUAAAGCUAAAAGAUUUUAGUGUUAAAGAUUUAAGCACUUUGGUUUGGAGUUUUGCAAGAGUACAGAAAGGCUCAUCUGAAUUUUACUAAAAAGUAGAAAAAGAAAUUUAAAACAGAUUUAAUAUCUUAAAAGGAAAAGACUGUGCAUAGCUAUUGUGGGCUUAUACCUAAAACCACCCUUUAACAAUUUACAGUAUUGAAUUUAUGAGAGGAAUUAUCUUGAGGGAUAGAAAGGAAUUAGACUGCUGGGAUCUAAGCAUGAUAUUAUGGAGUUAUACUAAAUUCGAGGAAUAUGAUAGCUAUGACAUGUUUGUUGAUCUUUAAGAACAGAUGAUAGAAUUAUUAGAUGAAAUGUCUCCUGAAGAGUUUAUUUAUUGCUUUAGAAGUUAUCUUGAAGUUAAUUGUAUCAACAAAGAUUUAAUCAACAAAUUUUUAGAAAAAACACAAGAAAGUCUUAACUUAAAAAAUAUUAACUAUGAUCAAACUUAUAUUCUAACUUGGGGUUUCUCAUAAUUGCCUGAAUCUGAAAUUACCGAAGAAGUUAUAAAAAUAAUUAAGCAGCUUGAAGAAAGACUUAAAUUAUUAUAAAUGCCAUACAUUUAAAAUGAAAAAAAUAAUUAAGAAAAAUCAGAAAAUCAAAAUGAAGAUGAGGAAGAAGAUAAAUUUAGAAUUAACGAUAUUGAAUUUUACAAAGAAAAUCUUGAAUUAGAAAAGUUAAAAAACUAAGAAAAUAAAUGA